AUGUCAAUUCAAACUGUACUUGUGCCUCUCCACCCGCCCCAUGGUUGCCAGCUAUGUCUGCCAAUUCCCCGGGACUAUGCGGACCAUGCCGGGCUAGUUAAGCACCUGAAGCUUAUCCACAGCACUACACUCCAAUUCGAGUGUCGUGCGUGUGGAUACACUCACGAAAAACUAAAAACUGUGAAGGCUCAUCAAUUGCGUGUCGACGACUGCCGUGCUAAGAUUGAGGCUCUGUCGCCCCCUCCUGCGCUCCCGGCAGAUCGUAAGAAGAUAUGCAUUCCAACCAGGCCGAGAAAACCUUAUGUCCGGAGGAAGCCCAAAGCAACGCCAGCCAAUCCGCCCAGUGGAGAUUCGUCCUGGAGCUCAGCACCCCCUUCCCCGCCGACCAGGCAGACGGCGCCACGGAACAGGAGGGCCACUAGGUCCAUCCAAACUAUUACGGAGGAAAGCCAACCGUCGCAACGUAGUCCAACUGCCAGCACAUCCAGCACGCCACGUCUCUACAGCCAGGUAGCAGCAGCAAGUGCAAUGGUGCCAGCAACUAGCACAGCGUCGCAACGCUCCACAGCUACCUCGACGAAGCGACGGAGAAACACGAGAAGCUCUACAAGGAAGGAUCCGGACCCAUCUCCACCUCGCAGCGUCAGUCAACCGGUGCCAGCCAGCCCCACGCAACUAACAGGUGACACCCCAUGUCCGCCACCAGGUAAGGCGAACCAUUCUUACUUUACCCCUGUACAGACUGUUACCACCACUAGAGAUAACAUCGCCUCACCGCCAACGGACCCUCCGUCACCUCCGCACCAGGCUCCAUCGACGCAGCCCAGCCCUCCAGCCACUGCACUCCCACCGAGCGACUUACAAUCAUCUGCAGAUGCUAGCGGCGGCCCCCCUCAAUGGGUUACAGCAUGGGCUGACCGUUUCAACGCUACGCUCGACGAGGAUAUGCUCGAAGGCGUCCUGCACGACUUUAUGAGACUGACCUACGAAAUCUGCGACAUUCAGGGACCAAGACGCAACCAAUAG